AUGCCGCUGUCCGGAAGCGAAAGGCAGAGCCGGGCCCGCGACGAGCAGGAGAGGGGCUGGGCGGGGGGAAGGGGCUGGGAACGGAGAAGGGCUGAGGUCCAGAGAGCGGCGCCCCGAGGGGCAGCGCUGAACCGCGGGGGGCUCCGAACGACGCGGGCCCGGGGGCGGAGCCGUAGGCGACAGUGGCAGAGGAAGGCCCCACGCGGCGGGCGGCGGUACCUGAGCCGCGGGCGGUCCCCUCGGCGGCGGCGACCCCAGGCUGCCGUCAGCGCAGCGCCCGAGCGGCCCGGCGAGGGGCAGAGCGGAAGGGGGGCGGCAGGAGAACGCAGUGCUUUGGGCCAGCACCUGCCGCCCGCCUCCUCGCCACGCGCAUUGGGUGAAGCCGGCGCCACCUUCGCCCCGAUUGGGCGAGGAGCCGAUGAGCGACGGCACCCACUACCCGUGAAGUUGCCUGGCAGUGAACAACAAGGGGAGCGCGAGCAGCGAUUGGUGGAGAGCUCCGACGGACGGCCCACCCACCAGCAGGCUGAUCUGCCAGUGGCUUUCCUGUCGCUCAGCGGCUUUCCGCCAAUAGGAAGCGGCAACGGAGAGACGGCGUCCCGCCCUCAGCUGCUAUUGGUCGAGAGAGGGGAGAUGCUACAGGUUGGGGUGAGUACCUGCAGCGUGCACCUGCACCACAGCACUGACCGCCUCCUGCAGUCACCAUCACGCAGAACUCUUCUCCAACCAGCAGCAUUUACAGCACCAUGGACAUCUACCAGGAUAAAGAAGUAUUGGGCAUUUCUUAAUUCGUGUUCAAUUAAACUGUGCAGACCACAGAUUUUGUACGCUUACCGGGAAGGGAUGGGAAUUCACAAAAUAUAAGAU